AUGAGAUCACACUUCAAAGAGUCUGGGGGAGGGCUGCUAAGAAGGCUUCCCAUAAAUUCCGGCACAGGGUGCCCGGCUUCUUCACAAACCAUCCAGCCAUGAGCCAGUGUGUACCAGAGGGAGCUUGCUAGCCCUGAGUACAGACACUGCGCAACUUACAGCCCCAGGAAACAAAAAAGAUAAGAAACUAACUCUGGGAAUCAGGAGAUCUGCAUUGCCUCCUAGAGCUUGAACUACUAGAUCUGCAGCUGGUGAGUUGCAGUGACCCACCUGCCAGAAGGUGACCAUUGUUGCAACUUGUCUGUUCCAAAAAGUGUUCCAGGAAUGUCCUGCGCGUUCUAUUUGCUGCCAUGCAUGGCAUCUCUGCUGUGUGCCCUGGCUGUGAUGGGCAGCAGUGUUAUGGAUGAAGAGCUGGUGGCCCCUAUCAGGCUGGACGCCGACCAGGGACCAUCUGAGGAUGGCAAGGUGUUCUACCGCUUGGAGGUUUUUGGAGAAGAGCUGACUCUGGAGCUAGAGCCCGACCCCAGUUUCUUAGCCCCGGACUUUAAGCUACAGUACGUUGGUCGCCCCAAGGAAAGUGCAGAAGAAGACCAGGAGGUGGUGACUGAUCUGUCUAAAUGCUUCUACUCUGGAACUGUCAAUGGGGACCCAUCUUCCAGCGCUGCCCUGAGUCUUUGCGCAGGUAUCAGAGGGGCUUUCUACCACCGUGGACAAGAGUACUUAAUCCAACCGAGCAACCACACACUAACAGUGGCUGCCUCCAGCUCCUCCAACCCACUGGUGCUCCAUCUGAUCCGCAGGAGAAGCCGAGCCAAGCCUAAGUGUGGGGUGACUGACACCCCCACCCAGAAGACAGAAUCUGAGUCUCAGCCUAAGAAAACCAUACCACCUCCAGGAUCAGGAAACACAAGGAAAAAGAGAUUUGUGUCAAGCCCGCGUUAUGUGGAAACGUUACUUGUGGCUGACCAGUCUAUGGCGGAGUUCCAUGGAAGCAGUUUGAAGCAUUACCUGCUAACGCUGAUGUCCGUAACUGCUAAGUUGUACAAACAUCCUAGUAUCCGGAAUUCGAUCAGCCUGGUGGUGGUUAAAAUCCUCGUUCUCUACGAGGAUCAGAAAGAUUUGCAUGUCACGUCCAACGCUGCUUUGACUUUAAGAAACUUUUGCCAGUGGCAGAGGCAGCUGAACCCAGCGAGCGACCGCCACGCAGAGCACUACGACACCGCAAUACUUUUUACAAGACAGGAUCUUUGUGGUGCCCAGACAUGCGAUACCCUGGGGAUGGCUGAUGUCGGAACAGUCUGUGAUCCGGGACGCAGUUGUUCGGUUAUUGAAGAUGAUGGUUUGCAGGCAGCGUUUACUGCGGCCCAUGAAUUAGGUCACGUCUUUAAUAUGCCACACGAUGAGGCUAAACAGUGUUCCAGCUACAAUGUUGCAAAUCAAGAUUCCCACAUGAUGGCUUCAAUGCUCUCCAAUCUAGACCGCCAGGAGCCGUGGUCUCCCUGUAGCGCAUAUAUGAUAACAUCGUUUCUGGACAAUGGGCACGGAGAGUGCUUACUGGACAAACCAAGCAGACCAAUCCAGCUACCCUCAGAUCUCCCUGGAACAUUGUAUGAUGCCAAUAAACAAUGCCAAUUUACAUUUGGAGAUGAGUCCAGACAUUGUCCAGAUGCGGCUAGCACGUGUACGACCUUGUGGUGUACCGGAGUCUCUGGAGGACUGCUUGUGUGCCAAACUAAACACUUCCCAUGGGCUGAUGGAACAAGCUGCGGAGCAGGGAAAUGGUGCAUGAACGGAAAGUGUGUAGACCAGGCAGACAAGAAACACUACGAGACUCCAAUACACGGAGGAUGGGGUUCAUGGGGCCCAUGGGGAGAAUGUUCUAGAACCUGCGGUGGAGGAAUUCAGUAUUCUCUUCGAGAGUGUGACAAUCCAGUGCCAAAGAACGGCGGAAAGUACUGUGAAGGAAAACGGGUGCAGUACCGGUCAUGCAACACCGAGGACUGCCCUGAAAAUAACGGUAAAACCUUCAGAGAAGAGCAAUGCGAAGCCCACAAUGACAUCUCCAAGUCUGCUUAUGGCAGUGGACCUGCGGUUGAAUGGAUCCCCAAGUAUGCAGGAGUGCCCCCUAAAGAUCGCUGCAAGCUCCUGUGUCGUGCUAAGGGAACUGGAUAUUUCUUUGUAUUGAGCCCCAAGGUUGUAGAUGGCACCCCUUGUAGCCCGGACUCCACCUCUGUCUGUAUUCAAGGACAGUGUGUGAAAGCUGGCUGUGACAGGGUAGUUGGCUCCAACAAGAAGUUUGAUAAAUGUGGAAUAUGUGGGGGCAAUGGAUCAACUUGCAAAAAGGUUUCGGGGACCUUCACUAUUGCACAAGCUGACUAUCACGACGUUAUCACAAUUCCAUCUGGUGCCACGAACAUUGAUAUCAAACAGCGUAAGAGUAGGGGCUCAAAACACGAUGGCAGCUAUUUGGCUAUCAAAGCAGCUGAUGGCAGCUAUAUUCUGAACGGUGGUUAUACCCUAUCAACUAUGGAACAGGACAUUAGUUAUAAUGGAAACAUAUUGCAGUAUAGUGGGUCUUCUGCAUCUCUGGAAAGGAUUCGUAGCUUUAGUGCGCUGAAGGAGCCUAUCACCGUUCAAGUCCUUACUGUGGGCGAGACACAUCGGCUAAAAAUCAAAUAUAUUUACUUCGUCAAGAAACCAGCUCAAUCAGAGAAGCCUACGAACAAGAAGAAGGAAUCUUUCAACGCCAUCCGAGAGACCAUUCUCUCAGAAUGGGUCAUCGAAGAAUGGGGAGAAUGCUCCAAAACGUGCGGUUUGGGCUGGCAGAGAAGAUCGGUAGAAUGUAGAGACAUAAAAGGCCGCCCUUCGAAAGAUUGCGCCAAAGAACUCAAGCCCGAUGACAUCCGGCCGUGUGCAGACACACCGUGUCCUCAGUGGCAGCUGGGAGAUUGGUCCUCCUGUUCUAAAACCUGUGGGAAGGGUUUCCGAAAGAGAUUUUUAAAAUGCGUUUCCUACGAUGGUAGCAAUUUGCCUCAAGAGAGCUGCGAUCUUCUAAAGAAACCCAAACAUUUGAUAGACUUUUGUACCGUUUCCAACUGUGUUUAAGCAGCAUCCAAUUCAAAAUAAUGCUAGUUUUUUUUUUAUCAAAAGAUCAAUACGCUGUACCAGAAGCGUCAGGUAGAAAGUUUUUUUUUUUCCGAACAUGCAUGCCUGAGGUUGGAAAGUGAAGCGGUGUCAGUAACUGCUGUGGGAUUACAUCAUGAAGUUUAGUAACAAUUGCAGAGUCGGAAGACUGGCAAAUUACUGUCCAUCAUCUUUUAUGUUUUAGAGUCCCUGGGGGCUCCAUGAGUUCCGAAAAAAAAAUGCUACAGAGGGAAUUGCAUUGUUGGCCAAUUAGAAUGCGCCUCAGGUGUUUAACACAUAUUUUGCAUGGUACGACGGAAACUUCCAACUUAGGAGGCACAUUGUCUUGGUAUUCAAACUUUUAUUUGGUCAGGGUUAACCUACCUCAGUUAAGAAGGGCUAAAAUGGGAGUAGAAAAGGAUGUUCAUCGUAGCUCAUUAUGGCUGCUAUUAUAUUGUAUUAUAUUUUUGUAGAAAAAAAAAAAAAGUCGUAUUCUCUUGUCAACAUUUAGUUGGACCAA